ACAGACAGUCGUGACAUCGCGUGGUCCGCACACCUGUCGGAGAACGCGUACCGAAACGCGUACCUGUGAACCGCGACGGAAGUGCAGUGAAUCAUCGACCUUACACUGUUCAAUUUUUAAAUUCGAAAGCCAAUUAUUUUUGUUUUUAUAUGCAUCUUCGACCAGGUAUUAGCGACAAGAUCGGCACGUAGCAGAAAUUAAGCAUUCAGAGUCACGAGGUGACACUUUCACCGGCUCACGUCUUCUCACGGCGAAAUCGUGCGAAGAAAACUGCUAAGAAAAUGCUUUUUGUCUCAUCAAACAAUAAGGAUCGAUCUGUCAGAUGACUAACAAGCAUGAGAGCGAGGGCGCCUCCAAGAGUCCGCUUGAAGCUGGCAGAGUACAAAUGGGUGGUCUGGUUGGUUUUAAUAAUAGGUGGAGUAGCGGCGAACAGACCUCCGAGAUUCCUUAUAGAUGGGCAGUCGGAAAUUGUUGUGAGAUUGAAAGAAGGACCCGAUACUCCUGUUGGUAGUCUAAUUUACCGACUGAGGGGCGUUGACCCCGACGGGGAUACAUUAAAGUUUGGUAUAAGAGAGCAACCUGGGAGUGAAAUAUUGAGAUUAGAAGCCAUUUCAGCCAACGAAGCUAAUAUAUAUUUAGUUAAGGAAUUAGAUAGAGAGAUACGCGAUGAGUACUCCUUUGUCCUGACACUGACGGAUGGACACUUGGGAGAAGGAAACUUCAUCACGCAAAGUUUUUUGUUACUAGUUGAAGACGUUAAUGACAACGAACCAGUCUUCAAGCCUUAUUCCUCCGCAAUAACCAUUAAAGAAAAUUCUCCCGCCGGCGUUAUUACUACAGUGGAGGCCACUGAUCUCGAUGAGGGAGCUUAUGGCCAAGUCCUGUACUAUCUUCAAGAAUUAGAUGGUGAUGUCGAAAACUUCGCCGUACAAACAGUAAACGGGAAAGGUGUAAUCCGGCUUAAUAAUCGUUUAGAUUAUGAGCGCAAACCUUUGUACCAAUUGCGGGUUCUUGCUGUUGACCGAGCGAAUCAAGGAAAAGUGAACACUGGGACUGCUGCUAUAUUAAUUAAAGUUCAAGACGUAGAGGAUCAACCUCCUGAGUUUGUAGUGGCCAGUCCAGUAACACGGAUCAGUGAGGAUGCGCCAGUUGGUACAGCUGUACUACAAGUGCGAGCAAUUGAUGGAGACCGUGGUAUCAAUAACCGUAUCUCAUACAGCAUCAUAUCAGGUGGUGAAGAGAAUUUUGACAUUGAUAGCAGUUCUGGAAUUGUAUACACCGUCAACCAGCUUGAUAGAGAGGAUCCUAAUAAUAGCAAUGGAGCUUAUAUAUUGGAAAUACUGGCCACAGAAGAAUCCCAUGAAGUGUCACCAAUGCCAAGUGCCACAACUGAAGUUACAAUCAUAGUAACAGAUGUGAAUGAUGAAACACCAAGUUUCAGAAGUCCUAGAUAUGUUGGAGAAGUGUUAGAGAAUGCUCAGCAAAGUACACCCAUCACAUUACUGCAAGAUGCCAUACCAGAAGUCUUUGAUUAUGAUCAAGGAAAGAAUGGUACAUUUGAAUUGUACCUUAUUGAUGACAAUGGAGUAUUUGACGUAACACCUUUUAAAGGAAUAAAUGAAGCAUCAUUUCUUAUAAGAGUGAAUGAUCCUUCUUUCUUGGAUUAUGAAAAAGUAACAGUUAUGAACUUCAGUCUAGUCGCCAAAGAAAUAGUUACCAAAGAACCAAAAAUGAGCAUAGUUCCGAUCACAGUGCAUAUAAAGGAUGAGAACGACAACUUUCCAGAGUUCACAGAAUCAUUGUACACUGUAACAAUACCAGAGAACUGUGGUGUCGGUACAACAGUAGCUUGGGUACAGGCUCUGGACAAAGAUUCUGAUAGUUAUGGAACCAGAGGCAUACGGUACACUAACUUGGGAGGGAGCAUUGCUAAUUUAUUGAGCCUUAACCCUAUUUCUGGGGUGAUCACAGUAAAACAAGCUGGAGGAGACAGUUUCGAUCGCGAACUGAUUACGCGGCAUUACCUCACCGUUGAAGCAAGAGACGACUUAGGAAAGGGCAACCGUAAUACUGCUCAAUUAAUUAUAAACAUCGAAGAUGUCAACGACAACGCCCCAAUAUUUCUAGCUAAUAAAUACGAAGCUAGACUGCUGGAGAAUGAAAUUGAAUUCGAAACUCCUUUGUUUUUGGAAGCCAGGGACAUCGACUUAAAUGGUACAAAAAAUAGUCACAUAGAAUAUUCGAUUGUUGGAGGCAACUACAAAAAUAAUUUCACCAUAGACCCGAAUUUGGGUAUAAUAACACCAAAAGGAGGAUUGGACUUUGAACAAUUACCGGGCGGUAAUGGCAACAUUCGUCCCAUACAUUUAACUGUUAGAGCUCGAGAUUUCGGAGAGCCGUCCCUUUCGUCUACGGUGCCCGUUACAAUUUACGUACAAGACGUUAACGAUCACGCGCCAAUGUUCCAGCAGAUUAUGUACAAACGGUCCAUACCUGAAGACAUGCCUGGCGGUACUAGCGUACUCGAUGUAAAGGCGCGAGAUGCAGACGGAUCGUCGCCGAAUAAUCGUAUAGUUUAUCGCAUACAGCGCGGCGCCAGCGACAAGUUCGUCAUAGACUCGCGCACUGGAGUCGUGUCGGUCGCUAAUGGCUCUACGUUAGACCCGGACAAAACUAAUCCGAAGAGCACGCACUACACUUUGACAGUGGUGGCACUCGAUGGCGGCAUUGGAGAUCAACAACUGAGCGCAGCUGUUUUGGUGAAUAUCACCAUAGUUGACGUAAACAACAAGCCACCAGUUCUCGUUGAGCCGGGAUCCGUUGUAGUCCGUGAAAACAUUCAGGUUGGAACAGAAAUAUAUCGAGCCAAGGCAUUCGAUCUAGACGACCAGCCAGUACUGAGAUUUGGUAUCGAUAAAGCUAAUAGUGUCGCCCGAAACGAAGACGGCAUACCGAUAUCGAUUAAUGAGUACGAUUUUUUGAAUUUGUGGGAUUUGAACGCCGUCGACGGAACUUUAAGGGUUGUCAGAUUGCUAGAUCGAGAGAAAAUCGAAACAUUCAAACUAGUCAUAACAGUUGAAGACAUGGCCGCUUUAGACGUUGGCCCACGACAAACUGCCACUGGAACACUAACGGUCACCGUUGAUGAUGAAAACGAUAAUAAUCCGGUUUUUCGAAAGCCGUUUUACAAAACAUCGAUAACGGAAAACUCGAAAAACGGUGUGAAUAUCGUAAAUGUUAUCGCCGACGACGCGGAUAGAAAUAGGACGAUGGUUUACUUUGUUGAAGGUCGCGAAGAAUAUUUGAAUAUGGUCCACAUGGAAAGUACAACAGGAGAACUUGUUGUUGCUAAUAAAAUCGACCAUGAACUGUAUCCGUGGAUCAAUCUUACCGUCAAAGCAGUGGACAGCGGUAUACCACCACGGUACUCUGUGGUAGAUUUAGUCAUACAGGUCUUGGAUGAGAACGAUAACAAUCCGGUAUUCGAGUCGUCUGCUUUUGAAUAUCGAGUAAGGGAAGAUGCCGAGCCGGGUACAGUGAUAGCCGUGGUGUCCGCUAGAGACGCGGACUCCGGGGAAAACGGCAAGAUCACUUACCUCCUCGAUAGAACGUCUACGCAGGGAAAAUUUCUAAUAAAUGGCGACACCGGAGCGUUGACUAUAUCAGAUUGGUUGGAUCGUGAAUCACAGGCGACUUACAAUCUGGUCGUGGAAGCUUGGGACAACUAUCAGUUCGGAUACCUCAGCGGGGAAAGCCGUAAUGCUUUUAAGCAGAUUGUCGUUCACGUAGAAGAUGUAAAUGACAAUCCGCCAAUAUUGCACGUACCGCCGGACUGUACUACCAUCACUGAGUUCCAUAAUCACAGAGAACCGAUAGUCUCUGUGUCCGCUUCGGACGCGGAUGAUAAUUCGACGCCUAAUGGAAGGGUACAAUUUCAUCUUGUGGCCGGGAAGGGACAGGAUCUGUUUCGUUUCGAGCAAGUUGGCGGCGACGCGAACACAGGCAGACUGUUCGCAAGGCAAUCGCUAAAAGAUCGUUUCGGGAAUUACACUUUGAUUGUGGAGGCGCGGGACCUCGGCACGCCCGCCAACGCAGUGCGGGGCGAACUCAGGGUCUGCGUCACGGAUUACAACGAUCACGCGCCGGUGUUUGUGCAUCCUCAGCAAAACGUCACGAUUAAAGUUCCAGAAAACGCGACGAUAGGCACAACGAUAAUAGAGGCGAAAGCUAUAGAUGCCGACAUCGGACCGAACGGUGCGGUCCGCUAUCGGCUAAGGAGGGACGCGGGGGGCUCGUGGCGAGCGUUCUCCCUGCACGCCACAAGCGGCGCCCUACGCACCCUCAUACCACUCGACAGGGACAAACAAACAACAUACCAGCUCAGGAUAGAGGCCUACGAUUUGGGGUUGCCAACACCGCUUAGCUCCGAUUUGGAUUUGACGGUUUACGUUCAAAACGUCGAUAACUACAGACCGAGGUUUCCGUUCAAAUCGUUCAGCUUGAACGUCACCGAGAACGACAGAAGCGAGAGCGUGUUCCUGCCGAGCGUCAUAGAACGCGACGCGAUCGACCGCGGAGACGAGCCAGUGUUGCCAGUGUGCUAUUACAUUGUGAACGGGAAUGAUGACGACGCGUUUCAUUUACACAAAACCACGCACAAAUUAACAACACUAAAACCGUUGGAUCGUGAACAAAAGUCGAACUACACAUUAACGAUUCUCGCGACAGAAGACUGCGUUAAGAUUCCGCAAUACACAUCGGAUUUGGACUAUGUCAGUACGUUAACCGUUCACAUAACUGUGAACGAUGUCAAUGACAAUGCACCGAAAUUCCUGAGGAAAAUUUUCACUGGUGGCAUCACGACUAAGGCUGAUUUCGGAAUUGAAUUUAUGCAAGUCCAGGCCAUAGAUAUAGAUGACGGAGACAAUGCAAAAAUUAGCUACUAUCAAAUAGGAGAUAUCAAACAAACGUUAACAGAGGGCUUGGAGAAUUUAGCGGUUUUGCCUUUCCUUGUGAAUCCGGAGACAGGAGCCGUGUCGUUGAACUUCGAUCCACAGAAAGGAAUGAAAGGAUAUUUCGACUUUCAGGUAUUAGCGAAUGACACAGGUGGACUACAAGACGAAGCUCACGUAUUCAUAUAUCUGCUUCGGGAAGAUCAAAGAGUGCGUUUCGUUUUACGUGCGCAUCCGUCCGAAGUUCGCGACAGAAUCAACGGUUUCCGGGAACAUUUGGCCCGGGUGACCGGUUCCGUGGUCAACGUCGACGACUUGCGCGUCCACGAGAACAAGGACGGCUCCGUCGACAACACCAAGACGGAUCUGUAUCUCCAUCUCGUUAAUGGGCGGGAUCACUCCGUGCUCGAAGUGUCUCAGGUGUUGAAGAUUGUCGACGAGAACAUUGAGUAUCUCGAUGAACUAUUUAAGGAGUUCAAUGUCCUCGAUACACAACCAGCGGAGUAUCAACCCCUUACCGCGGAGACAAUGGCGUCAAACCAAACUGUGUUCUGGCUAGUGUGGACCACAUUGUUCCUAGCCGUACUUCUGGUGCUCGCCAUCAUGAUGUGUGUAUCACAGCGCGCGGACUACGUAAGAAGACUGAAAGCAGCCACCGCCACUGCUUACUCUUCCGCGAUACCGGGCGAAUCGGACAUGACGAUAAGGAGCACCGGGGGCAGAGUUCCCAACACAAACAAACACAGCACCAAAGGCUCUAACCCUAUUUGGCUGCACGCUUACGAAAACGACUGGUACAAAUCAGACGACCAACUAAGUCGUUCCGAAAGAGAUUCCUUAGACGAAAACGCCGUCGAUCAAGACUUGUCAAAUGAAAAACCUUAUUUCAUAACAACGGCCGCUUUCCCUUCUAUUGAUUCCAAUGUAACUGAACCGCAAACGAAUCAAGCGAACAGUGAUUUGUACCAACAAUUGGAACAAUUGAAGAACGCGAAAAAUAUGGAAACGACUGAACUAUAAACUUAUCUUUAGGCUACUAUAGUGUUGCGUAUGUGCCUUUGUAAUUUGUGUACCUUGUACUUAAUUCCGUUUUUAAAUAUACUUUCUAUUGAUAACAGUGGCGUUUCAUUACCUAGUAUUUUAGUUAGAUCAACGCACAAGCUGCAUAAUAUUAUUAACGCUUAUUUUUGGGUUGAGUUCACGACGUGAUUUUAGUUACUGUAGCCCUUGGACAACACUACAAAACUCGCAUACACCCGGUCAUGAUCCAUGCGUGUAGGUAAUGUUCGCUCACGCGGGCCGCAUUAAUUUGAAACCCCUUCAAGACAUUCAAUCCCGUUGUUUGCAGGAUAACCAUCAGAGCACCGUGGUUCAUGAGGAACGUGGAUCUCCACAUGACGACCUGGAGCUUGACUCUUAUCAAUAAGUAUAUUCAGUCGGCAUCAGCGCGCCACUUUGAGAAGCCGGCACGACAAGAAAACCCUCUUGUCGUGGCCGCCAGAAAUUACAUACCCGAUCCUGCGACCGAAUGGUAAAAAGUCGGUGUCGCCCCAAACACGUCAUUUCGGAUCCUCCCGAUCCACUGACGGUGCUUUUAGGUACCUCAAGCACCGGUCACCGUUCUCGUCGAACCCGUCGCUUGCUCGGCGAGUAAACUAACCCAUAGACACAGCCCACUGAGUUUAUCGCCGGAUCUUCUCAGUGGGUCGCGUUUCCGAUCCGGUAGUAGAUUCUGCGAAGGACUGCUCUUGCUAGGGCUUGUGUUAGAAGCGCCUCCUGAUUUGAGCCCCGAGAGAUCAUUUACACGUUAAAGUUACGCUGACAUAGCCUCUCAAGGCUGAUAGCCUAGCCUAGCCUAGCUUAUGUAGGAAAAAAACCUUAGACAUCACAACGUAAAUGCCACCAACCAGCUUGAGAAAAGUUGAAAUCUCAAUAGCUAUUCCUUCCGAUCAGUAAACAUAACUGCUUCGCGAUAGAAGUAACAUUAUGGUCCCUAGCGGCUUAAUCUAGGCCCUGCCAUAAGUAAACGAAAGCAACCAGUUGAACCCACACCACAUUAUGGGAUUUUGACGAAACUUCAGAAUAGCGGAUGAUAUAAUAUCAAAUAUAAGUUUUAUUAAUUAGUGUUUGUUUAAAAGAGUAACAAAAUCCAUUCCUCCUCACACUCGCAUUAUGAUAAUAGUAUGACAAUUUCAUUAGAUGAUAACUAUAACAUAAAUGGUUCUUAUGGAUUGCUACCGGGUCGUCAUUAUAAGUGAGAAUAUAAAACUAGCCUAAAGGCCUCAAUCCAUUACCGAGUGACAACAGAAUAACAAUUAAUAGAUAACACGUAAAAAAAUAUCGAUAAGGUAAACUUAGCAUAGUUGACUAUCAAAAGUCCCAACCUAAAAUUUUCUCUUGAAUUAUGCACUAGAACACACACGAGACAAGGGGUACAACCAGGCCCCAAGCGAAAGCCCUCAGACCGAGAAUCAAUACCGUACCCCGUACUAUUGUGACAAAAGAACUUAUCAAUUCACGUUUAUAACAUAUUUCUUAUACAAUCUAAUUACGGCCAGUGGGUCUAUACGCACUACCCGUAAAUGCCCGCACAUUCAUUUAAAGAAAAAGAAAAAGGGAUCAAGAAUCAUGCCGGGUAAUAACAGCGAUGUUUACCUCCCCCAUUUUUAGUAAUUUUUCGACACGAGGAACUUAUCGAAGCUUUGAUAGAAUACAGGGUUAUUUAGUGGGUGGAACUACUCCCACACAAACCAAGUGGAACGAUAAUCCGGUGACUGCACUCCCGUGGAAAAAAAGAGCCGGGCAGUGGCGUCCAAGUCGUUUCAGGCAAAAACCACAAAAAGUCACUGCCAGUUUGUUUUUUUAAAGGGUCACUGUGUAGAAGUGUCAGUGACGUACUCUACCAAGCUACAAAACGAGAUCGAUGGAGACAGCUGGUUGACGGAAUCGGACGGAGUCACGAUCCUCAGCAGUGAGGGACCGAUCGAAGAGAGAGAAAGGGUCAUUAUUCGAUAACCGCAAAUCAAACCGUACUUGAAACUACACCAGUUUUUAAUAUAAAUUUUCAAUCAAUGGUAAACAAAACGCUGCUUGUUUUACCAUAAUUCGCAUUUUUAAAACUAUUUAAUAUGAAAGAAAAGAGAGAACCAAACAAGAAUUAUUUGUUUCCAUUAUGGAAAAACUGCAACAACCAAAGUCUUGAUCACCAUAAUGACGAAUUUAUUGCAAUAGUAAGUGUGAAUAAAUGCACACAAAGCAGAAAUGUAACUUAUUUUUUAAUUAAUUUAUAACAUUGAAUUGAGAGUGGUAUUAUAUUAUAACAUACGACAUAUGAAUAAUAAAGUAUCCGAUUAUCAAUUCUAAACUUUAUUUCUUUACAAUAACUCAGCAGCAUCUUCAAAAAGGUAUGUUAGAGACAAACAGCUCGUCACUAUUGCAUAUUUUUUUAUUUAAUUAAUUAAUGUUUGUCCAUUUCCAGUGUAAUAACAUUUUUGGCAAUAUGUUCAGUCAGUGACCUCUUGGAAACUAUGCCAAGUGAUAAAAAAAAUAUUUACAGCUGCUCGCGUUAUAGGAGAUAUCCUAAAUAAAGCUCACCAUUUUAUUUACAUACACAAUAAUUUAUUGUUUCUUACAAUUUAGUGAAGCUAGAGUACAAGUUGUUGAUUGAUUACAAUGAAAAAGCUUUUCAAUUUGAAUCUCUCCUGAUGUUGUUAAUUAACCAAGUGAACCAAGCUCUUGCUUGCCGGCAGCUGUAAGUAUAACACACUUUCGUUGCCACUCACGCCAAGUAACUCAAAUGCUUUGAUAAUUGAGGAAACAAGGAUAGGAUAAGUGGAUGGGAUGUCUGUGAAAAUCACAACGCAGAUAUCCUUACAACCACAAUAUAUAUUAGAUAAAAUUAUAUUAUAAAGAUCGCCAUAUUGAAAAAAUCUAGAUUAAUCAUAACUUAUCAUAUGAGAUACACUGUAAUUUAUACUGUCGUAGCUAUUGGAGCGUUUUCCGAAUAAGAAAUAUUGUGGAUGAAAGAAAACUGACCAAUUGCCAAUGUAGUUUGUAGCACGCUACAUUUACUAAAUAAAAAAGAUGUUACUAGUAAAAAAAAUUAACACUCAUUCGACUCCGUCAAUGAGCUCACUUUGUAAUACCACUUACUUACAAUACCCAAAAUGUUCUUAACACUUAUGAGCUUCACUUACAUUUCAUUGACAAAAUCCUUAAGUGAAUCAGACAACUUGCAAGCAAGGAACGCUCCGUUUUCCUAAAAUUAUGGCUAUUGAACAGUUUACAAUGUAAUUUAGAUCUAGUUAAAGUAUUAAGUCUGGGAUUUACAUCAAUUCAAUAAACUCAAUUUAACUAAACUUGAACUAAAUGAGUGUAAAGACAUCUACAGAUGACAUAAAGUCGAAAGAAAUAUUGAUCUUACAGAAAAUUUUCUUACUAAUGAGGACAGAAACAAUGUUUGCACAUGUGUAUUUUUGUAUUUACUUAGAUGCAAUAAAUUCGCAUUUUUAAAUAUAACAGCCAUGACUGAAAUUAGACAGAUCCUAAAAUAACCUUUAAGAUUUUUACAAUGUCCAAAAAAUGAAGGAUUGGGAUUUAAAUGGAUUAAGGACUAAUAGGGAAUGGGAACAAGGGUAGGAGGAUAGAGCCCGGGCUGUGGCGAUGUGUGUGUGUAUGUUUUGUUGAUGUCACAAUUGACUCAUCACAUGGCAUACUUCCUCGUCCACUCACGGGCUAAUUCAUUGUACUUUUCUCUGUCUGUUUUAUAGAUCCUAGCAAUUUCUGGCACCAA